CGAUCUUGUCAAGUGAUAGUGAAAAAAUAAAAUCCGAUUAAGUCGUAUAACAACUACAUAUAAUAAUCCAAUAUCACACGAAUCAGGUUAUACUAUCACACCGUAAUGACUUCUCAUAAAAUUUGAACCAAUCAUUUGUCGAUUCAUUUUAAUUUCGAGGGAAGAAAAAUUAGAUCAAUUAUGAUCUAUAAAAUAACAUUCAUUUUAAUACAUUUAGAAAGAAAAAAAAAAGAGAUAUGUUAAUGUAUUAUGGUGGUACAUAAAAUAGCAUAUUGGUAUAGAUGUUGUAAAAUGGUUGUAUAAAUUAUCCAAAAAAAAAUUUAGAAAUAUAUCAUAAAUGAAUAUUUUAACGUAUACAAAAAUCAAUCAACCUUAAUUAUUAAUUUUAUCUAUGCUUCUCGUUUUUCGUUUCCGAAUCUCCUUGUCAGUUUACGUGGUCCACUAUGAGUUGUCGUUCUAAUUACUAAUUUGAUUUUGAUAAGCAAAUUUGUGAUUUUUUUGCGAGAUAGGUUGAAUAAUUUAUAAUUAGUGAUAAAUUCAGUCUGAAUAAGUGCAUUAAAAAUUUUAGAGUUGAAAAACCGAUACGAUACAGUUUCACAAACUGAAAUAAAUUCGAGUUAGAUGCGAUAAUGUACACGAGAGAAGAGAGUGCCGAAACAUUUGGGCCUUUUCCUGAGCCCAACGCAAGAGAUCCCGUUGCUCUGCAGUCUGCAUAAUUUUGAGUUUUCGUGAGCACGUUAGUGUCUAGACUCUAGAGUUCUAAAGAGACAAUCCCAGCGUCUUACCCAUAAACCUGCUUAGCUUUGCUUCAAAUCCAAUUGGUGCAGAUUUCAGGUUUUGAUUGAUUAAUGGAUAUAGGCUUUGGGAAUUCACUACACUUGAAGCGAAUUGAAUUUAUGAGUAUGAAUGAGAAAGAUUGAAAAAAUAUAUCAUUCUUUGUUGUGGCUUGAAGGUGGGAAAUAGUUGCUCCUGAAUCAUGGUGCUAAUAGUCUCCAUACUUUUAUUUUUAUCUCCUAUAAUUGGAUUCCUCCCCCUCUCCCCCCCCCCCCCCCAAGUCGUAUAGUUGUUAACAAAAAAUUUCAAAAUAUAAUAGUUCUUAUAGAACUUACCAAUCUAUAUAUGUUUGGACUUGAUUCGCACGUUGUUCGUCGUUGGAGAGGAAAGCGAUCAAAGAUUGCUUGACAUUUGAUCUCUGUUAGGAGAAGUGAUCUAUCUGAAAUCAAUGAGAGUACAACGAUCAAUGUUUUCGCCGUGGUAGUGAAACACGAUUUUUAAUUUCAUCACUUUACACAUAAGUGAUCAACCUUUUAUUGCUUUUUACAAAAGCAAUCAACAUGAAUAGCUUUUGAGUUGAAGCGAUCAAGUUUCUACUUGGUCGGCUCUUUUCAAUCCGACAUCACUCCAAGCUAAAGUUAGGUGCCAUCACUUUGGGUGGACUGGUCGAAGGCCUGAUUCCUUUUUAGCCUUAGCGAUUCAUGUGUUGAUCGCAUCAGUUUCAACGAUAAAAGUUAGAUUGCUUAGCCCUAAAGCGAUUGAUGUACAAUACGCACCGAUUAAAUAAUGUCUUCUACCACCCAUUUCUAUCCACUCUCAUUUCCUCUUCCCCAUCAAUAGAAGUUUUGGAACUUUCCUACCCAUCCCACAAAACUCCUCAUAUCUAUUCCCUUAACCUCCUGUUAGAAGGGAAGAAUGAAAUUGUUGAAUAUGCUUGUGUUUAUAUAAUUAUGUUUUGGGUUCGAGUAGAUUGUAGGAUACAUUCGAGUAGAUUGUAGGAUACAUUGUUGUUUAACUAGCGUGGCCCUGACCAGUUGGACGGAGGAAGGUGGCGUAUGAAAUUUGAUAAUGUAAUGGGGUGUAUAGCUUAUUGUUAUAUUUUUUUUUGGGAAACAUGUGAUAAAAAUAGUGAAUUUUAGCAGGAAAGACACAUGAAUGAUGCAACGAAUAAAAAAUCACCCUUAUGAACCAAAAUCAAGUACUUGUUACCUUGUGAAACAAUAUUGUUUCUGGUAAUAUGAUGAGGUGGAGUAAGUUUUAUAGAAACCGAAUUCCAUAAAAUCGAAUAAAAAAUCGCCUAUCCCGUCGGUUUUCAGGAAAUGAGCAUCUCACAAUCGUUGCUAGCUUUUACUCGGCCGUUGGCCGAUUAAUUUGCUUUAUAAAACUUUCAUCUUGUCGUCAUCGUGCUUUCUGGUUUUUGUCAGGCCAUGAUAAAAUCUAAGGAAAUCAAGAACGAACAACACGAUUUGGGAUAGGAACCGCCGUUGUUGCAUCCCUAGAAAAUGGUGGUAAACACGGACUCACCUGCCAAACUGGUUUGGAUUGAGAUUUUUAUCGGGUAUUAGGGAACCAUGUGAUUAUAAAUUAGACUUGAUCAAAACGAGCCAAAACUUGAAAUUCAGCCUGUUUGACCGACCUAUGCCAAAUUCUAAUUAUUCUUUACUUUUAAACUUUCUAUUUGAAAAUAAAAAAUAGCGAAAGAAAAGAGAUGACUGCAAUUCGCCAUUUGCACAUCACUUAUUCGGGAAUAAAACCAUAGAAAUUCAAAAGGAACUGAAAAUGUUUUGGAUCGUUUUAAUGUUUAAAAUAACCAAAUAGAUCUUUCUGUUUAGUUUUUUACUAACAAAUACCAAACGAUUUCCUAUAAAAUACACUAUAAUUUGAUCAUUAUGAUAUCAAAUAAUUAUAUAAUAUAUAUUUGAAAUGAUUUGGACUAAUUGGGUUGUUCGAGGUUGAACCAUUGAAUAACUUUAAAAUAUAUUAUAUUUUAGCCACUAAGAUAUAAAAUUAUAGCAUAAUAUAUAUUAUGCCAGAGAAAAUAGCUUGUUUUAGAAUGACAAACCAAUGAGUUCAUUUGUUUUACUUGAUGGCCAAAUCGCAUGUAGGUCAGACCCAUUCAACUCUUUUAUUUUAUGGUUAGCGGUUAGCCCAUUAGAUACCAUGCAUUAGCUUAUUGUUAAUUUUUUUUAGCAAUAAAAAUGAGUAUUGUUUUUGCCUUUUCAUAUAUAUUUUAUCACCAUGGAGAAAUAAAAGGGCUUAAAGAAAACAAUUGACACUCCUGGACCCGUUUUAAUCUGCAUGUGUAUGGUAAGUUGGCCCGUUCCACAGAGGAAAGAGAAAAAAUUGACACUCCCUAUUCUACCCUUCCUACAAACGCUCCUGGAGCAGGGAAUUUGAAAUGGAGGAAUGUUUUUUCCUCGCUGCUAUUAUAUGUUUUUAAUUUAAAAAGAUACAACAAAUGUAGUUAAUGUGAUUGGUUAUGAUCCUUGUUUUUUUUUAAAUGGACAUGGUUUGAAUCCUAGUACGUGUCUUUUUAAUGAAUAAAAAAAAGUAAUUGUGAAGUCUUCCUACUUUCAUUCUUGUUGCAGAAAAUUUGAAAUGGGCUCCCGUUUUUCCCUUCGGCGUAUUAUAUUAUGUGUAGACUGUUUAAGUAGUCUAUAGGGUAUGUUAUUCAACCAUUCUCGACCAUUCUCAACAAAUGUAGUUAGUGUGACAAAUUGGGGCACUUGCUCGUGUCUCGACCAUUCUCGUCUCGGCUCCGUGGGUGAAAGUGAUGUUUGUUCCUAGACGUCACAAUCAGUUGGCCGACUGGGUUGCUCGUAAUGCAAGAUUAGGUGCUCUCCCACGAGAUUGGAUCAUUGUUGCCAAUUUGUUGUCUCCUUUGUUGUAAUCAACUGUACUUCCACUGUUUCGAUUUGGAAUGAAAGUGCCCCAAUUUGUCAAAAAAAAAAGUAUGUUAUUCAACAUUAGAUUAUAUAUUAAACUGUAUGUAUUCUUAGUUAUUCUAAAUUUAGAAAAUCCCGAAAGUUCCAGCUACUUAUUCGAUGGAAUAGUCGGAUGACUAACUCCCACUUCAUAUGGAUUAUGAAGAUGGUGAACCCCAAAUUCAUUCCUUUCCAUGAAGUAUCGGACCGGAACACUUGAAUCAAAACUUGAGGGUUUCUCUAUUAAAAUACAUACUCGUAUGAGUCGACCUCAUCCAAUCGCGCCAGAAAAUUAAAUAGCCAAUUUACCAUGGAUUGCAUAUGGAUAUCGAAUAUCACUAAGAACUAACAAAAUUGUAAUCAAACUUAGAUAGUUGAAUCUAUGAUAAUAACUUAUUUACAAAUAUAUUGAUAAAUAGGUAAUUUUGAAACCAAUCAUAAUAGUCGCGAGAAGUUUUAUAUUGGCUAAAGGAGGUGAGAAUUUGAAUUCGAAAUUAACAAAUAAUUAGCUAACAAAAGAGGUAUUUAUUAUCUUUAGAACUAGUGACCGAAGAGGAGGGAUUUAUUUAGUACCUCACCAAAUUUGCGGACGUCCCAACUAAAACCCCUUUUCCCCAAUUUUGGCGUCCACGUUUGCUCCCUCCACGUUGUUCUUCCUUCCUCUCUGGCGACUAGGGUUUCCAAAUUCCCACCCCCAGCAAUCUUCCAAUUCCUCAAUUGAUCCUUGAAUUCCUUCGAGUCAUCCAUGGAAAACAACGAAGCCAACAACAACGCGAGCAUCGCUUCCGUGGAUGGCAUAAACCAGAUGGCCAGUUGGGUUAGCACGUAUGUGACCUCCGCCUUCUUCUCCUCUCUGGAGCGCUUUUCCUGCGUCAAUAUCCAAACCGCCGAUCACGAUGAUGAUGACGAUGAGGGCGACGUCCGCCCUCUCAGACUAUUCUCAACCGCCUCUCGCGACACCGUCGAUGAGCUCCCGGUUUGAUGAUUGAUUCUCUCCCUACCGGCCGGAGCUGACCUCGGUACUUCUUACAAUUUAUCCCCUUCUAAACCAAUCCGUUUUCAAUUGGUUGUUCCCUGUUCUCUCUCCCAGCCUGUACUUUGGAUGAUCUUCGACUUUUGAUGUUCAAUCGGAAAGCCACCCGUUGUUGUGAUUGCUUUUUUUUUUUUUUGUAUUGUAUUUGAAUCCAGUUCCUAACAUUUGGGCGCUUGAGGUUCUUUAUUGUGUGUAUUGUUGUUACAUUUCAAGAGUGAAAUAUGAACAAAUUGCCUUAAAGAUUGUUCCUUUCUUUGUAUCUAGUGGAUUGUUUAGGAGGAAUAUACUUUCUUCUAACGCUUUAAGUAUCCUUGCCAAGUAUGUCGAAUGUGUUCCACCUUUUCUGUACUUCGCUGUCAAUGCAUUGCUGUUCCAUUAUCGUGCUUGGGAAGCUGCGUCAUCUUUGUUGAUGCUGUUUAAGUGUUUAGUCUAUUUAUGUGGUUGAAUUAUGACCAAGUACUUCAUAGGCAUCAAUGAUGAGUUAUCAAAACAACAAAGCAUAUUUGAUGAUCGAAACUAGCACAACUUAUUAGCAUCCGCGGUGUGAACACUUGAUAUCCCCCUACCAUUUAGUGCUGGCUAGGCUGUCAGUGAUAAUCUGUUAUGGAUAUGCUGACAUGUAGAUUUCAGUCCAUAUUGGGGGGGAUGUGGUCAAAGUGUUGGGUAUUGCUCAAGGAACUUUUUUCCAUCUUAUCAAGGGUGAAAAGGACUAGAGCAUCUGUGACAGUGAGUUGGAUUUGGAAUGGAGCAUUAAUGUCUUCCAACUUGUAUCUUGGUUUGAAUUCUUAUGGUUUCAUAAAGUUUCUCCUCCUUCCGCCUCGAGUCUUUGAAUUAAUCUGACCUUGCCUGCCCCAGGCAGUAUAGUUUUCAUCCUGGGGAAAAUUUGGAGUUUGGGUUUGAAAGGAUGAAGGAUAGCAUUAUGGGAUAUGAAUACUUUCAUAACUCAUAAUGUCUCAUCGUCUUGGCUUACAUUUCUGUUAGAUGCCAAGUUAUGUUAAUGAUAACUAUUAGCUAGACUCAUCUUUGAUAUUCUUGCGCAGAUUGUUUUCCUGGGAAUGGCAUACCUUUCUGGUAAAAGGAAAGUAGGAAGAUAGGAGCACAAAAUCGUUUUUGUUUUUGCUUGUAUUUCAUUGCUCUUUCCACAUCUGAUUACAAGUUUUCCCUAUCCGACUCUCUUGAACCCCUGUUGGGUGCUAUUACUAUUACCUUUGUAGAUUGACAAAAGACAUACACAUGGCUUGAGUAAGUAAGAUUGUUGUAGAACUGCUGUACACAUAGUUUACCAUUUUCCCUCACUUAUCUUCAUGCUCCUUCCAACAAAGCAGCAUCACAAUGCAACGACGAAUGAUGUAAAACCUUCCCUUUGCUUGCUUCACGACCCCACCACCAUCCCUUUGCUGACUUUUGUCUUGUCUUUGCGAGGAAGAAGCUAACUUUCUCCUUUGGCUAGUUGAUAAUUCCAUGAAUGUCUUGACUCUUUCUAUCUCUGCUUCUUCUUGUUUGUUUUGCUGGUGCAACCCCUUAUUCUCCUUCACCUUGCUUCUCCUUUUAUAGGGGCUCCUUCCCUUUGGAAGUGGUGGUGUUGUUUUAGGAAUCUUUUGUUGGAGUUACUGGUUUAGUGCUGGCCGCUGGGUUUUAUAUAAAUUUCAAUUCUGUUCAAGUCAGUACAUAAACCUGCUGAGCCUUUUAUUGUUUUUUUUUUUGGGGCAGUCAAAAAAGUGAAGUGGCCUUUUUCUGUGUUUCUGUAACAUCCAGGUUUCCAGGUUAAUUUUGCUUUGCUUUACUACCCAAACUGGUGUAUUUUGGGUCCAGGGUUUGUUGGAUAAGCGACACAUGGAUCACAUUGGCUUGGUGGACACAUUAAUUAGUGGGGCUUUUUUCAUUAUUAUUAUUAUUUGUCCCUCCAGUUCUCGUUUCCAUACUUCUUUUUCAGAUUUUGCCAGUUAUUGUGUGUGUGAGAGAAAAAGAAGGGUAGUUGAAGACCAUUUUUACCUCCUCUGCGAUUUUGGGGAAAUGCUCCUCCUGUUUUUAACUCCUUUCCUCAGCUGGCAUUUGACCUGGAGCAGUUACUAGUGUGUUCUGUUUCCCACUAUUAAUGAAUCCUGCCCCUAUGACCUAACACUAUCUGGGUUUUGUUCCUUGCCAUGAUUUGGUUUGCAUUUGAGUGUUUUUUUGUUCAUGUGUCCUGAAUGGCAAAAGUAGCUGGUGCAGCGGACCAAAGAGCAAAAUAUAGGCGAUGGCUGUUGCACUUAACUGAGGGGGACGAAGCUGCCCUAUCGAUGACAAUGGCGUUUCUCCGGGCGGUAACCAGACCUGUGAGAUUGCAAGCAGAGGUAAAAUCCAACUUUGCCUUGUUAAGUAGUCAUUGUCAACGGAGAGAAUGCAUGCAGAGGUGAGGAAUAAGGAUUUUUGUUAUGUGCACGUGAUGUAGUAGUACUAGUAGAUUGGUGGAGGCCUCUUUGAGGUACAUAAACCACCCAUUUAAUGAUGGGGUUGGAGGGUUAUGGACUGAAGUGAAGAAGGGGAGUUAUGGGAGGAAUUGGAAGGAGUAAGAAUAAGCUGAAACGGGCAAC